AUGCUACUCCUUACCAUCCUUUCCACCUGCGUGGCUCUGGCCAUCGCACAGGAUUGCUCGACGCCAGCGGGCACCCGAGCUUCAUUCGGAGCAUACCUGCAGUGUAUCAAGGAGGGACUCGACGCCGACUAUGGAAAUUAUGAGAAUGAGAUCAGGGAGCACUCAAAAAAAGCCGCGGCCACCUGCUUCGCGUCGUCCAUCGAGGAAGGGAACCAAAAGGAUCGUUGUGUGUUGGCUGCUAGCGAUCUCUCCCACGUCGCCUGGGACAAGAACGGCCCAUUGAGAGAGUGCUCUAUCUGUAGAACGUUCGCCGCUGGAGCAAUCAAGGCUAUCAAAGCGACGCCAGCGGAAGACCAGAAAUGUAUCAGAACUGAGGUGUCAAAGGCGAUCGCUAGAGAGGCGUCCUACUGUCUUCAGAAGAAAAUUCCAAACUUCGCGGGAGUCCCAGAGAUUCCGGAUCUUGAGGAGGGAUCCUUCCAAUAUAAGGAUUCUGUCAUCUCCUCAAUCUCUGAUCACAUCCUUAUCCAGUCUCGUCUUUCCUUCUGCGGAGAACGCAAGCCACAACGUGCUGCCUCCACUCGCGCCUGUCUUGCCAGUCCAUUCGUCGGAUUUUUGAGCGGUCACUGCAAGGUUUUGGCCAGUUGCGAUGCCAAAUUCACCGGACAGUGCGGGCAAACGAUUCCGGCCACUCGUAAGGCCACUUGUGAGUGUAUCACCGAGGCUAGAGAUGACUUGAAGAAGCGUAUCGGAUCCAUCGCCAACGUUUUCAAUGAUCUCCUUUCCGGAGGCCGUGGGCUCGCUAUUGGAUCCGCCAACAAGGUCGACAUCUGUACAUCCCAAAUCAAGAAACAAAUGAUUACCCCGGUCAACGAUUGGGUCAAUGUCAUCGACACCGCCCUCUCCUCGUGCAUCCGUAACAAGCCAGCCGGACAGAAUCUCGCAAUGGAAGCCUUGUUGAAUGUGGGAUGCCGUAAAGUGAUUGCGGACACCACUGGAGCCGCGACUAGCCAGCUGAAAACCGGAUUCGACUUUGUGAACAAUUUGAUCGACGCGAUGGUUCAACGCAGUGGACGCUUCUGUGGUGGAAGUCAUUGCCUUCAGGGAUAG